AGAAUGCUAAAACUCGCUUCAUCCCUCAGAACUGGUCUUAUAAGCCGAAGCAUCCGAACAUUAGCGCCAACAGUGAACCCGGCCGAGCAACAGCAAGUUCAAGCAGUUUUACCCGACAAACUGUACAGCUCAGUUGAAAUCGAGUAUCGUGGGCACGACAAGGCGGUUUUGAAGUCAUAUACGUCGUUUUUGCAGCAAGUCUGCCAACACCUGGAGAUUCCUCAAGGUCGUCUCGAAGUUCUUCCGUAUAUUCGAUGGGUUCAGCCGGCUCUGCGCUCGAAAUUCGUCCAUAAAAAAUAUAAAUUGCAUUAUGAGACGAGAACACACAUUUCUAAACUUGAGAUCCUCAACGUGACUGGCUCCACAGCUUCAACAUUCCUCGAAUACAUCCAACGAAACAUCCCAGAAGGCGUCGGAAUGCGUGUCGGAUUCACCGAACUUCAACCACUACCGCUGACAAUUCAGAAAAAUUGAUUUAUAACCAAAUUCUAGUGUGUAGAUCCUUAUUGUUAUUUCGUUUUUUUUUCCUUCUUCAAAUUGUUUACUUUUAAUGAAAUAAUAAAGGUGGACCUCUC